AUGCUUCGCACGGCCACCUCUGGCAUAGUGAUUGCAACACUCGUGGCUCUGUUUACCCCCGCGGUAACGGCCGCCGAACCUCGGGUCGAUCUCGAACUGGCCUUCGAGGGCGGCCUCUCGCCCACGGCACCGCAAAAAUGGAGCCGCCUGCUGUCCGAAGUCGGGUUCGAUCGCGUUCAACUCCGCUCCACACGUGGCAACGAAGAAGUGAAGGUCGACACACUCGGCAGCGGUCGUAACAUUUCCUAUCGCGUCUCGGGUGUCAUCCUGGCAGACAACCAACUCAUCGUCCCCGGCGGACGUUUUAGCAUUAGCGAUCGCACGAAGCUCGAGCUGUGGCUCGAACGCCUUCGCCAAGACGGUCCAGAGCUGCUCACCUCGGCUGAGAAACCCCCGUUUAAUCUCACGGGCAACCAACUGAAGCAAGUCAACGACGAUCUGAUGCAGAAGUACGAUCAUCCCACUAAGGGCCAAGAUCCCCGCGUGGUGAUCGAUCGCAUCGAACGGAAACUCAGCGUUCCGAUGGAAAUCGACCGCUCGGCCAUGACCACCCUUCGCUCAGGCAGCCAUAUCGAAGACGAACUCGAGGGGCUAUCCGCAGGCACCGUGCUGGCCGCCGUGGUCCGUCCGCUGGGUUUGGCACUCGUGCCCGAUCGGCAGGGGCAGGACGUUCGCUUGAUCAUCCGCCGCCCCAGCGGCAGUGAAGACAUCUGGCCCGUCGGCUGGCCGCUACAAGGCAAACGACAAACGGUUGUCCCACAGUUGUUCGAACUGCUGCCGGUGGAGAUCGACGACUUCCCCCUGCAAGAAACCCUGGCCGCCAUCCAGGACCGCAUCGACCUUCCCAUGCUGUACGACUACAACGCGCUCGCCCGUCACGACAUCAACCUCGAAGACAUCCGCGUCUCGUAUCCCGGCAAGAAGACCAGCUACAGCAUCGUUCUGCAGACAAUCCUGACCCAAGCCCGCUUGAAAGGCGAACUGCGAGUCGACGAUGCAGGCGCACAACCCACCGCACUUCGCUACAAUCACCGUCAACCGUUGCUGUCUCGUGUCACUUCGCUUGACCACCGGCGAGAACCUCUUGUGGAUAUUCUAGACGGAUCGCAAGUCACGGCUGCCCUGACCGAACUGGGCGUCACGCAUGUGGUGUGGCUGCCCGACUCGGCGUUGGGGCCCUGGGAAUCGGAGUUGGAAGCCUCCCCGCAACUCACGCUCGUUCGCGUUUGUCGCGAGGGCGAAGCCUGGGCCAUCGCCGCGGGGCUGUACCUCGGCGGAGCCCGUCCCCUGGUGAUGAUCCAAAACACAGGGCUGUUCGAAUCUGGCGACGCCCUGCGAAACGUGCUCUUCGAUCUGAAGCUCCCGCUGUGGGCCGUGAUCGGUUUCCGUAGCUACCUGGUCGAGAACUCACCCGACACGGCGAAGAAAUUCACCGAGCCAAUUCUGGCUGCCUGGGGCAUCGAAACCACGCUGCUCGACAUGCCAAAUAUGGCUCACAAGCUGGUCGAACACUUUCGCAAAGUCGAAGCCGAAGGUCGCCCGGGCGUCGUGCUCAUCGCCGUGCUCGAGCAAUGGCGCAAAGACCAGAUCGUCAUCACCACGAUGGGUUCCGCCCGCGAGUGGCCCAAGCUGAGCGAUCAUCCGCUCGACUUUCACUACAUCCCCUCGGCCAUGGGCGAAGCGCCCGCCUUGGGAAUGGGCCUGGCCCUAGCACAACCCGAGCGCGAAGUCAUCGUGCUCAACGGCGACGGCUGCAUGCUGAUGAACCUCGGCUCGCUGGUCACAAUAAGAAGCAGUGCAGCGACGAACCUCACCCUGAUCGUACUCGACAAUGGCAUCUACGAAGUAACCGGCGGACAACAACUCGCUAGCCAAAAAACCAAGGCCGACUUCAAACUCCUGGCCCAAGCCGCCGGCUGGUCCAGCGUAUUCGCCUUCGACGAUCUAAAAACCUGGCGCAACGAAAUCACCACCGCCAUGACGGCCCCCGGCCCCAGGUUCAUCGCACUCUCCACCCAAACCGUCGGCGAUUCCUACCACCUCGAAUCCCCCGGCCCCAUGCCCCAGCGAAUCGCCAACUUCCAGGCGGCCCUUUCGCAGUAA